AUGCUUCAUCAUGCCAAACUGGACAAGUGUUUCUGGGCCGAAGCAGCGAUGACGGCCAUCUACGUCAAGAAUCGACUGCCGUCACCUAAAGUCGUGCACAAGACUCCGUCUGAGAUCGUCUACAACUUGAAACCAAGCGUCAAGCACAUGCGAACAUUCGGGUGUCAGACAUACAUACUGACGCCUAAAGAGAAUCGACUCAAGUGGGAUCCAAAGGCUCGCGCUGGCAUAUUCGUGGGCUACGAAGAAGUUUCGAAGGCAUAUCGUGUUUAUGACAUCGAGGCGGGGCAGGUGGUUAUCAGCCGCGAUGUCAACUUCGACGAGUCCACCUUUGGACUUCAACUGCCGAUCACUGAUGAAGAUGUCGAUGACCUGGACUUCGAAUUGCUGGAUCUUGAUGACGAAGAGCUGCUUCAAAUGGAGUACAAGCAAACAGGCAAGCGAAAGAACCGACUCAAUGAUGAAGAUACAGCAGCUCCACGACCGCGUGCAGUGCGUCAACGACCAGGACUAGAAGAGUCAAGCGCGCCGGAAAACAACUCGUCACGACAAGAAGAAGACGAAGAAACGAAGGAUUCUGGUGAUUCAACACCGCCUGUGUUUUGGCGUGCGAGUGCAAAUGCCGUUGAAGCAGCAGUGGACUUAUCAGAGCCCUCAACAUUUGAAGCAGCAGUAAGCGGCCCUGACCAAGUGCACUGGAGAAAAGCAAUUCAUGCAGAGCUCGAGUCAAUGCGACUUCGCGGUGUGUUUCGUGCAGCCAAGCUGCCCAACGGACAACGCGCCAUUGGCACAAAAUGGGUGUUCAAGAUCAAGCGCAAGGCGGAUGGGUCAAUCGAGAAGUACAAGGCACGACUUGUGGCCAAGGGUUUCCGCCAAAAGUAUGGCAUCGACUACACGGAGACGUUUUCGCCUGUGGUCAAGUAUGUGACGCUGCGAAUGGUGAUCGCAAUUUCCAAGCAUUUUGGAUGGCCCAUCGACCAGCUUGAUGUGGUGACAGCUUUCCUGUAUGGCGUCAUGAAGGAACAAGUGUUCUGCGUGAUUCCUGAAGGCGUCGAACUUGACAGUACGUUCGACUGCCUGGAAUUGGUGAAGUCAAUUUACGGCCUCAAGCAAGCGUCGCGAGUGUGGAACGAGACGUUCGACGAGUAUGUGUGCUCCAUCGGAUUUCAAGUAUCGGACUUCGACCCAUGUCUCUACAUCAAGACUUCGGACGGCCAUUGCGUGUUUAUACUGGUCUACGUGGACGACGUCUUGGUGACUGGAAGCUCACUCGAGCUGAUUGCACAAACCAAGAACGACCUGAAGACGCGGUUCGAAAUGACGGACAGCGGCAAGUGUGCGUUUGUUCUGGGAUCGAGCUUUUGGACGGUGAAGAUGGCAGUGUGA